UCUUCCAUUCCCCUGCCUCUCCUGAUGCUCUGCUUUUAACUUAUUAACAUCAUCAACUCACUCUAAUUCUCUUUACACAAUGACUGAUUGCGCCACUAACUCCUCUUCUUCUACAUCAUCGUCGUCGUCGUCUUCUUCCUCUUCUUCUUCUUCUUCUUCUUCAUCUUCCCGAUUCUCUCAACCAAACCCACAUACUAACAAACCCGACCCGAUAUCAAUCCCCAACAGUUCCAAACACAACAAACGACCAAGGGACAGUAGCAAGCAUCCCGUAUUUAGAGGGGUCCGAAUGCGGACAUGGGGGAAAUGGGUAUCCGAGAUCCGAGAACCCAGAAAGAAGAGCCGGAUCUGGCUGGGUACUUUCUCUACCCCUGAAAUGGCGGCACGUGCGCAUGACGUGGCAGCAUUGAGCAUCAAAGGUUCUUCCGCCAUUCUCAACUUCCCUGAACUCGCCGGGUCCCUACCCCGACCCGCCUCCAACUCUCCCCGCGACGUCCAAGCCGCCGCCUCUAAGGCCGCUUCAAUGGAAGUAUUCAAUACUCAGCAGCAACAGUCUACUUCAAUGUCACUGUCACCGUCACCGUCACCGUCACCGUCCACAGCAACAUCAACGUUAACGCCAUCAUCGUGGGUGCUGGAAGCAAGUGACGUGUCCCAGCCAGAAGAGCUGAGUGAGAUAGUGGAAUUACCGAGUCUAGGAACGAGUUACGAGUCGAGUGAAUGUGAGAACGAAUUGGUGUUUGCUGACUCGUGGUACGAUUAUUACCGUUAUUAUUAUUACGACGAAGGUUGUUGUGGCGGAGGGUAUUUUGAUGAUCGGGUGUUAUCAAUGCAAGAUAGCGUGAGCACAACUGGAUUUGAAGCUUUAUUGUGGCAACAUUAAUAUUAGUGUGCAGAUUUUGGUGUGUGUUUUUACUUUACCUCACUGUUAAUUUUGGUUUCCCUGUGAUGUAAUGUAAGACCACUUUUACCC